AUGCCAAGGUUGGAAGCAAGAUGGUACAUCAAUGUAUAUGAAAGAAGAUCGGACUCGAACCCGAUUGUAUUAGAGCUAGAAAAGUUGGACUUCAAUGUUUUACAAGCAAUGCACCAAGAAGAACUCAAGGAUAUGUCAAGGUGGUGGAAGAACACUGGUCUUGGAGAGAAAUUGAGCUUUGCCAUGAAUACAUUGGUGGAAUCCUUCUUAUGGACAAUGGGGAUAGCUUUCAAACCCGAGUUCAGAAGCUGCCGGAAAACACUUACGAAGGCCAUUGCACUAAUCACAGUGAUAGACGAUAUUUACGAUGUGUAUGGUACAUUGGAAGAACUUCAGUUCUUCACCGAUGCUGUUGAGAGGCAGGAUAUUAAGGCAAUGAUACAACUCCCGGACUAUAUGAAGAUAUGCUUCCUUGCACUUUACAACACGGUUAACGAAAUGACUUAUGACAUCCUCAAAGAGCAAGGUCACAACGUCGUAUCGAAUCUUAAAAAGGGGUGGGUUGAUUUACUGAGAUCCUACAUGUUGGAGGCAAGAUGGUACCACAGUGCAUAUACACCAACUUUUGAAGAGUAUAUGGAAAAUGCCUGGAUAUCAAUAACAGGCACUUUAAUAGCAACUCAAGCAAGUCUAUUUGUAACAAAUAAGAUAAACGAGAAGGAACUCGAAUUCCUCGAAAGCUACCCUGAGUUAUUACAUUGGUCAUCUGUGGAUGAGUUGAAGAGAGGCGAUGUUUCAAAAUCGAUCCAAUGCUACAUGCACGGAAACGGAGUCCCGGAGGAAUCUGCCCGGAAACAUAUAAAGAAUCUAAUAAGAUAG